CAAGCUCGUUAUUAUAAGAAAUUGAUCUCUUCCGUAUCUCUUUUGUAGAAUUGAAGAAUUUUUUCACAAUCUGGCAUCGAUACGCGCGCGCACUUGGUGUUUAUGCCAAAAAGCAUAAUUCAGCAGCCCUGUGUGCAACAGCAGUACGAAGUACUUCGUCCAAGUUUCAAAAUAUUCUAGUGUCAAAGUUUCAGUGCAAUAAAUCAAAAUCAUUGGGUAUUCAAAAAUACUCAGUUGCUUAGAAAAAUUGGCUUAUAAUUCAAUAUGUCGACGAGAUUUUUAACUUCGUCGCUUCGGGCCAAAAUCCCAAGCUUCUCAAGCACCUCUGGCAACAAUGCUCUCUUAUGUGAAAUGUCAGAUAAUAUAACAUAUCCUUUCACUUUCAAGGGAUCGGAGGUUAGAAAAACUUUCAAUCUCAGAAAAGGUGUAUCCGGUGUAUUUUCCAUCGAAACUCCACGUACAAUGACUACUUUAAGUGAUGGCAAAUGUAAAAACUUAACAUUGGAUACUCUGAAUCCAUGUGUAAAAGUAAUGGAAUAUGCAGUUAGAGGACCAUUAGUUAUUAGAGCUGGAGAAAUUGAAAAGGAACUGGAAAAAGGCGUUUCAAAACCUUUUAAGAAAGUAAUUAAAGCAAAUAUUGGAGAUUGUCAUGCUAUGGGACAAAAACCUAUUACUUUUAUAAGGCAAGUGUUGGCCCUCGUAUCAUAUCCUGAAUUGUUGAAAAGUCCUGAUUUUCCCGAUGAUGCAAAAUCUAGAGCUAGAGAUAUUUUGAAAGGUUGCAGGGGAGGAUCAGUUGGUUCGUACACAGAUUCUCCUGGGAUUGAACUUAUCAGAAGACACUGCGCAGAAUAUAUUGAACGAAGGGAUGGACAUCCUUGUGACUGGCAAAAUAUUGUUCUUGGAGCAGGUGCCAGUGAUUGUAUUAAAGGUAUUAUGAAAUUAUUAAUAUGUGAUGUUGGAUGUAAAAAGCCAGGUGUAAUGGUUCCCAUACCCCAGUACCCUCUUUAUUCUGCUUCUUUGGCUGAAUUCAACAUGCAUCAAAUUGGAUAUUAUUUAGACGAAUCGAAAUUGUGGGGUUUAACUCUGCCUGAACUCCAAAGAUCAAUCGAGGAAGCCAAACAAGUUUCUCAACCCAGAGCUAUUGUUGUUAUAAACCCCGGUAAUCCUACUGGUCAGGUAUUAACCAGGCAAAAUAUUGAAGAAAUCAUCAAAUUUGCUCAUAAGGAAAACCUUAUGAUUCUUGCAGAUGAAGUAUACCAAGAUAAUAUUUAUGCCGAGGGCUCUGAAUUUUAUUCUUUUAAGAAAGUCAUGACCGAAAUGGGAGCCCCGUAUUCCAAUAUGGAACUGGCUAGUUUUAUGUCAUGUUCUAAAGGUUAUAUGGGUGAAUGUGGUCUUCGCGGAGGAUAUGUGGAAAUUUUAAAUAUGGAUCCAGAUGUUAAAGCUAUGUAUAUGAAAGCCAUAAGUGCCAGUCUGUGUUCCACUGUUUUAGGACAAGCUGUAAUUGAUGUUGUAUGUAAUGCACCAAGAAAAGGAGAACCGAGUUAUGACCAGUUCAUGAAAGAAAAAUUGGAAGUAUUGGGAGCACUGAAAGUAAGGGCUAAAAUGGUUGAAGAGACCUUUAAUCAAAUCGAAGGAUUCAGUUGUAAUCCAGUUCAAGGUGCCAUGUAUGCUUUUCCUCAAAUCAAGUUGCCCCCUAAAGCAAUUGAGGCAGCUAAAAAGGAAAAUAAAGCCCCUGAUGCAUUCUAUGCCUUCCGUCUAUUAGAAGAAACAGGAAUUUGUAUUGUACCAGGUUCUGGUUUUGGUCAACAGCCUGGAACAUACCAUUUCCGUACUACAAUUUUACCUCAAACAGAUGCCUUGAAAGAUAUGUUGGGAGUAUUCAAAUCUUUCCAUGAAAAAUUUAUUGCUACUUACUCAUAAAAAAAUUAUAUUUAAUGUGUACUCAUUUCAGUUUAGAUAUUAAAUGAUUAUAUUUGAGUCAUGUGAUACAUCACUUCACAGAAUAAUAUGCACGUAUUCUGCAAGGUGAAUUAGUUUGUUGAAAUUAUUGUUAUUAUUAUAUGUAAACAUGUUUAUAGUUUUAUUAUUUACACAAAAUAAACUGUAUUAAAUACUCA